CCAUUAACACACUCAGCAGGGCUAAAUGAGGAACUGGUCUGUAUUUGUGAUUAUGGGCGGAGCUAUAUGACAUCACUGCAGAUGAGUAAAGUAAACUCAAGUAAAAGUGAAACUAAACAGGAGCAGGAAGCUUCUUCAAACCACAUUUCUUUUCAGAAACUCUGAAAUUAACAACCAGAUCUGAUAUUCACUCACAGUCAUGGCAUCCUCCAGCGGUCCAUCACUAAAUGAGGAGCUCCAGUGCUCCAUCUGUCUGGAAGUGUUCACUGAUCCAGUCACCACUCCAUGUGGACACAACUUCUGCAGAACCUGCUUGAUCAAGUGCUGGACGAACACACAGACCUGCUUCUGUCCACUCUGUAAAGAAAAAUUCAGCAAAAGACCUGAUCUCAAGAUUAAUACAACACUCAGAGAGGUUGUGCAACACUUUAAGGAGAAGCUCAAUCUAGGAGAAACUGAGGUGUUCUGUGACAUCUGUGAUGAAAGAAAGCAGAAAGCUGUGAAGACCUGCCUGACGUGUCAAAGCUCUUACUGUGACUCUCAUCUGGAGCCUCAUCGCAGAGUCCUACGUCUAAAGAAACACACACUGAUCAAUGCUGUGGAAAAUCUGGAGAAUUAUAUAUGCCAGAAACACGAGAGACCUCUGGAGCUGUUCUGUAGAGAUGAUCAGACGUGUGUUUGUCUGUCCUGCACUGAAGGAGAACACAGGACUCACAACACUGUUCCUAUAGAGGAGGCGAGUCGAGAGAAGAAGAAUCAUCUGGCUAAGAGACAAACCGACGUUCAUCAGAUGAUCCAGGACAGAAUGAAGAAGAUUCAAGAGAUCCAGCACUCAGUAGAGCUGAGAAAGAGAAACACAGAGAAAGAGAAAUCCUCCAGUGUGGAGCUCUUCACUGAUCUGAUCCGGUCCAUUGAGAGAUGUCAGUCUGAGCAGCUGAAGAUGAUGGAGGAACAGCAGAAAGCAGCAGAGAGACAGGCUGAAGAUCUCAUUAAAGAUCUGCAGCAGGAAAUCACUGAGCUGAAGAGGAGAAACACUGAGCUGGAGCAGCUCUCACACACUGAAGAUCAUCUCCAUCUCAUACAGAUGAGCUCAUCCAUGGACAGUUGUCCAAACACUAAGAACUGGACUGAGAUCAGGAUUGACUCUGAUGUGAAUGUGAGCUCUCUGUAUAGAGCCCUGACUCAACUGAAGAAAACUAAUCAGACACUAAAUGAAAAACUCAAUCAAACUGGGUUGGAGUUUGUGCAGAAGUUUGCAGUGGAUGUGACUCUGGAUCCUGAUACAGCGAAUCCAUAUCUCAUCCUGUCUGAUGAUGGAAAACAAGUUAGUGAUGGAGACAUUGAGCAGGACGUCCCAGAAAACCCAAAGAGAUUUGAUGAGUGUUGUUGUGUUCUGGCAAAGCAGGGAUUCAGUUCAGGGAGAUUUUACUAUGAGGUGCAGGUGACGGGAAAGACUCAGUGGAGGUUAGGAGUGGUCAGAGAAUCCAUUAACAGGAAGGGGGACAGCAGUAUCCCGAGUCCUGAGAAUGGAUACUGGGAUGUGGAUGAGAUUGAGAAUGAGAAUGAGGAUGUAUAUGUAGUUCUUGAUAGUCCAUUGGUUAUUUUCCCUCUGAGAGUGAAACCUGAGAAGGUUGGUGUGUUUGUGGAUUAUGAGGAGGGUCUGGUCUCUUUUUAUGACGUGAAGUCCAGAUCUCAUAUCUACUCUUUCACUGGUCAGACUUUCAGUGAGAAACUCUAUCCGUAUUUUAACCCAUGCGAUAAUGAUGCAGGUAAAAACUCAAACCCACUGAUCAUCACCCCUGUCAGUUAA